GUUUCCAUUUUGUAGAAGUCAAUUCAAUUUCAAUCCAACUUUUCUCUCGCUUGCGGCUAGCCGUGGUUUUGGAUCAGCGACUACCUUUGGACGGAAAUAAUAAAGGUCUUCUGUCGCUGGCCUAAAUUUAGGACUCUUUAAUGUAACGAAGUCGUAUAUGUAUAAUUAAUAUGAAUAUAAAUAAAACCCUAGAAUAUUGUUACGGAUAGGCUAUGUAAAUCGAAAAUCACUUUAGAAUUACAUAAGAAAAAACAUUGAACAUUCACGUUGGUGAUAGCAUUUUGAUAGAAAUUAGUGUAAGAACUCUAAAGAAAGAACUAAUGUAUAAUGUGCCUUCAUAGCUUUGUGUGAAAUCUGCAAUAAUUAUCGAUCGUUUUAAUAAAAUGAAACGCCAUUUUGUAUUGCUACAAGCAAGGCGUGGCACAUGACUGCAACGCGUCAUCCGGGUUCUGAAAUAUAACACGCAAUAAGUAAAGCAUGCCCCGAAUUGACCCUAUUCAACUUUUAAACUGCCUCAGUGUACUGCUGUCGCCUACUGGGGGCAUCAAAAGCAGGGACGAGGUGCAUAGAUUAGCUAACUUAAUGACCAAAUUUUCGAAGAAACUUGUGUCUAAAUGUAUAUACAUUCAAAUACUAAAAUGUACAGAAACAGAUUUAUUAGGCUUAUUUAUGGGAUCAGGUGGCUGGAGGCUGGUACAUAUGUGGCUUACAGAAAAUAUAGUUUCUAAGAAUUGGCCACUCGUAAGAGAAUUAUUAGAAUUAUUGUUAUUAUGUCCAGUUGAUGUAGAAAGGCUUAAGACAAAUAAUUGCCCUAAACUUGUAAAAGAAUUGUCUAAAGAUGGAAAUCAUUGUGCUAUUCGAGCAUUAGCCUCAAAACUGGUGGAACAAUGGCUAAAAGCUGUUAAAGGAGAGCAUGUAACACCAAUAGUUAUAACAGAUAUAUCACAAAUAGUAUCUGAUUUUCAAUCUGAAGAUAAAUUGGAAAGUUUAAAAAAUGAUGCAGUAUUUGAUAAUGAAGUUGAAAAGAGUUCAAAUAAUGUAGAAAAUUCUACUUUUAUUGAAAAUGACAGCCAAGACGAAAAGAUAGAAAAUGAAGGAAAUAGUUGUGAAACAAAUCACAAUGAUACUCUGGAAAACGAGGACACCAGCAAUGAAAGUGAUACUUUACCAGUAUUGAAAAUAACAUUUAAAAAUGGUAAACAAAUUUUAUCACAGGUUGAAGAGGAAAAUAAGGAAGCAGAAGAAAAUGAAAAGGAAAAAAAUAGAGAAAAACACAAAAGUAAAAGUAGGGAUAAGUCAUAUGACAAGAGCAGCAAUAGUAGUAAUAGUACUUCUUCAAAAUCGUCAAGUUCAUCUAAACAUUCGAGCAAGUCUUCAAGUGAUAAAUCAAGAAGUAGUAGUAGUCACAAAGAUAGUAAGCAUAGCAGUAAAGAUAAAUCUAAAGAUCGUCAUUCUUCUCAUAGUUCGAAAUCUAGGAGUAGUAGCAAUUCUAGUAGUAGCAGAAAAUCCAGCUCAUCUAGUAGUAGUAAGUCAAGAGACAAAAAUGAUCAAAAACAUAGCUCAGAUAAAGACAAAAGUAGAGAAAAAGAUAAAGAUACCAAAUCUUCAACAGAUAAAUCAGAUGACAAAACGCAAACACCCUCUAUUCAUAAACUUGGUAAAAUACCAAAACUAAGUGAUUUAAAGAAAGAAAGACCUUCAAUAUCCAUAGAAGUGAGAAAGCCUGAUGAACCGAAGCCAAAAACAGUUAAAACUUUUAAUUCCAAAUUUAGGAAACAUGGGCUAGAAGAAGAAAUAAAGCCACCACCAUCAAGAGCAUCUCUUUUAAGCAAUAAAAAACCUCCACCAGUUCUUCCACCAACUGUUUCAAUACCAAAACGACCAUCACCUGUUCACAAUGAGACUCCUCCAGAGAAGAAGGCUAAAACACUAGUUGAUAUUGAAAAACCUGGAUCUAUAAAAUUAAUACCUCCUAAGCCUAAACCAAUGGUGUUGCAGGAGAGUGACAUGUUUAUGGAUGCAUUGAAUGCAUCGGCAACUAAUAAAAAGGAACCGAAAAAAAGAAAACGACGUACUAGCGGAUCAAAAGAUGGUAAUGCGCAGAGUGAUGGCUCACCACCGCAAACCCCGACUAAUCUAUCAAGUCCAAACAGUGAAAAUAAAUCUGUACCUCCACGGUUUUAUCAAGAUACACUAGAUGAAGACGAAAACAAAGAUAAAGUCACAGAAAAACACGCAGAACCUAAGGAUAAUGCUGAACAAACUGUUUCUCGUGAAAAAGAUGAGAUUGAAAGUAUGGAUACAUCAGAACCUCAUACAUUGACAAUAAAUGGCUUAAAAGGAGUACUUUGUUAUCAUAAAAGAAAAGGUCCUAAGAAAAGUAUAAAGUGGAAACCAGAUUCAGAGUUAGAAGAAAUUCAAUACUUUGAACUUGAUGAAACUGAAAGAGUCAAUGUGACAAAAACAUUCACAGACAUGAAAUAUUUAGAAAGAAUACAUGAAAGAGAAGCUUUCCAAAAAGCAAGAAAUCUUAGUACCGAUGAUAUAAUGGAAGAGAGAACGAGUUGGAGACCUUUAAUACCUAUUGAUAUUGAAGGACAAAUUCAAAUAGAAUAUGGUAAAAAUAGCAAAGAAAAAGACAUACAAGCCAUUCGUCAAAAAGGAACAUUACAACCUUUAUAUUUCCAUAAAUCUAUGAUUCCUGACUCACCUCAUGAACCGGACAUCGAGGCACAUACUUACAAUGAACCGACAAUUAUACCUUUAGAAGAUGUAACUGGAAACCAAGAUAAUAUUAGUGAUUUUAGAAAUAUGCCAUGGCCAGAACCUAAGGGUAACGCGCCUCCUACAAGUAAUAGUACUAUGAAUGUGCCAACAAUGUUUCCACCAAAUAUAUCUCAGUUUCCAAAUAAUUUCCCUCCAGCACAAUUUCCUGGAGUUCCAAACUUUCAAGGGCCACCGAUUAUGCCUGGUGAUUGGCAGAAUGGUGUUGUACCGCCAAUUAUGCCAAACGGAAUUCCAGGACCAAUGGCUCCUUCGGGCAUGGCCCCAGGUGCAAUGCCGCCGCCAAAUAUGCCACCGGGAAUGAUGGUUCCACCUGAAAACAUGAUGAUGGGUCCAGAAAUAUUUGGAGGACCUAAUCCUAUGUUUCCUGUUCCGCCUGAUGGAUUUAACAUGCAACCAAAUAUGUUUCCUGUUGACUAUAAUAUGUCUGGCCCGCCUGGUCCGGAUGGAUUUCCCGUACCAGGUAAUUUCAGAGGAGCUAUGCGAGGUCGUGGUAUUGGUGGCCAUUGGAGAGGCAAGGCAACUGGUGGUUGGGAUGGACCACAAAGAGGUCGUGGAGGCCGAGGUGGGGCUCGUAAAACUAUUUGUAUAUAUUUCCAGAGAAAAGGCUCAUGCCGACAAGGUGAAAAUUGUUCCUUUUUACAUCCAGGUGUCAAUUGUCCUUUCUAAAAGCUAAGUCUUCAUAUGUACAUAUUAAUAUGAUAAAUAGAAUAUUUACUAGGUGAUAAGAGAAUAUUAUUUGCCUGGUCCAAUAAGACUGUCUAAUGUAAAUAGUUAAUAUUUUGUAAAUAAUGUAAAUUUGUUACUAGGCUUUAUACAAAAUUAGUGCAAAUAA